GUUUUUCUUCGAGUGAGUUUUUUUUCGAAACGGUGGACGUGUGAGUUUGCUAAAAAAUCUGUAGGAAAAUCGCUUUUUCCUCGGAAAAAUUGAGCAUUUUCGCGAUCGAUUCUAGCUGCGUCGGUUUACUUUGGUUGUGCCAAAUAACGGGAAUGUGAAAUAUUUGUGCGGGGUACUGACGCUGGAUGAUCAGUUCUUAGUUCUGUUUCACUAUUAAUCAGAGUGUUUCGUUCAUCCUAAAGCAAGCAAAGCUCAAGGCGAAGAGAAGAGAACUGCGAAGAAAGUGGAUUACACUAAAUUAGACCGGAGCAGCCACCACCCACCACCACUAAUGGUUUCCACAGAGUGAUCCAGUGAAAUACGUCCUGCCUUGAAGUUUGUAGCUGAAGCGAAGCAGUGUUCCUCAUUCUCCCACACGCAAAACUCUGUCCAGCAGCUGAAAUCUGACAUCAGAGCAGUGAAACGUCCAGCAGAACCGAAAAGCAGCGAUAUCAAAUUUGGGCAGACCGUGGUCAGUGAUCAGUGCGGUUGACUCAGUUCUGCGGUGGGUGGAAUUUGUGGUAAAUAAUAAGUGUGAUAAAGCAUCAAGCGAAGAAUAUCCCAGUGAAAAGUUGCAAAACUCCACCACGAGUGUGUGUGUGUACCUAUACAAUGUUCAGCCCAGACUAUGAGAAACGGAUUCUGAAGCACUGCAGCCCAGUAGCGCGGAGUCUCUUCAACAACAGUGGCGAAUCGUCGUCGUCCUUGGACCGCUUCAUACCGUGCCGGGCCAACAACAACUGGCAGACCAACUUCGCCUCGCUUAGUACCAAAUCGAAUGAAAACUCGCCACAAUCGAACAAGAAGCAGCGGGACUGCGGUGAAACGGCACGGGACAGCAUAGCCUACAGCUGUUUGCUCAAAAACGAGCUGCUCGGCACCGGGAUCGAGGACGUCAAAUCCGCAGCCGACGACAAGGUUGGACUCCUGUCGAACAGCAAUCGGCCCGGGCUGUUCAAGUAUCAGUCACCGACGAAGCAGGACUACAACGAACAAUGUCCGUACUCACUGUCUCCGGUUAGCAUCAAAAGCCAGAAGCUGCUACGGUCGCCACGGAAGGCCACCCGUAAAAUCUCCAAAAUCCCCUUCAAAGUGCUGGACGCACCCGAACUGCAGGACGACUUCUACCUGAACCUGGUCGAUUGGUCUGCGCAGAAUGUGCUCGCGGUGGGCUUGGGUAGCUGUGUAUAUCUAUGGAGUGCUUGCACCAGUCAGGUGACGCGACUGUGCGAUUUGAGUGCCGAUGCAAACACUGUCACCUCGGUGUCGUGGAGUGAACGAGGCCACCAGCUUGCGGUGGGGACACACCAUGGCUACGUCACCGUGUGGGACGUGGCCGCUAGCAAACAGAUCAACAAAUUGCAAGGCCAUUCGGCCCGCGUAGGAGCACUGGCUUGGAACGGUGACAUCCUCUCGAGCGGGUCUCGAGAUCGUCUCAUUAUGCAGCGGGAUACACGCACCCCAGCCCAGGUAUCCGAGCGGCGGCUAGCCGGCCACCGGCAAGAGGUGUGCGGCCUAAAGUGGUCUCCCGAUAAUCAAUACCUGGCCAGUGGGGGCAACGACAACCGGCUCUACGUGUGGAACCAGCACUCGACCAACCCGGUGCAAUCCUAUUCGGAGCACAUGGCAGCAGUGAAAGCAAUUGCGUGGUCACCUCAUCACCACGGACUACUGGCCAGCGGGGGCGGUACGGCAGAUCGCUGUAUACGCUUCUGGAAUACUCUUACCGGACAGCCGAUGCAGUGCGUCGACACGGGAUCACAGGUAUGCAAUCUGGCCUGGUCCAAACACUCGUCGGAACUGGUGUCUACCCAUGGCUAUUCACAGAACCAGAUUUUGGUCUGGAAAUAUCCUUCGUUAACGCAGGUAGCCAAACUGACGGGUCAUUCCUAUCGGGUCCUAUAUUUGGCCCUCAGUCCCGACGGAGAGGCCAUCGUGACCGGUGCCGGGGACGAAACCCUCCGCUUUUGGAACGUUUUCAGUAAAGCACGCAGUCAGAAGGAAAAUAAAAGUGUUCUAAAUUUAUUUACAAACGUUCGAUAAAGGCGUGGACAUUUUAGGAUUUAGAGGCAGGCUUUUUUCCGACAGGGAUACGAAUUGUGUUCCAUGCUUCCAUAAUUCUAGAGUGUAGUUCUAAGUCGAUGGCAAAAUUUAACUUCAUAACCACUCACACUUUUUGAACUUUUUUGCUUCGGACUUUCCAUCGUUUUUUUAGGCGUAAAUCAUCCACUGUCAUUAAUUUAUUACGCUAGUGUAUAUUUGUACAAUUAUAUUUUUCUUUUUAGAAGAAAUAGAAUACGGAUUCGUAGUAAAGAGUUAUAUUUUGGAAUGAAAAGAUUAAUAUGUAGCCGUGAGUUUUAGUUAAAAUGAAUAUGAGAACAGCAAAGUGUAUCUCCUAACUUAGUUUCCUGCAAAACAUACAUUUUUAAAAACAUUUGCUUUUUUGUCUGAGAAACUUUAACUUUGUCAUUUGUUAUUUCAAUGGUGAUCAGAUUUGUUUUUCAGUGGGGUUUUGAUCAGUUGUAUGCCAGAGAUUCUCAAUCUUUUUGAGGUUGUAACCUAAGUCAUAGAUGCCGCCAGUGCCACAUGCUUGGAAGAGCAAGACAGUUUGAUGCAAAAUUUUGAAAAAGGGAUCUCAAAAUAACAGUGAAACCUUCAAUACAACAGAAACCACCCGGUGUGAUGCUUCGUGGUCCUGUGCAACAGUAUCAACAAGCAUUUAGUCACAUCGUGCUGAAGAGCGUGGGUUCGAUUCCCGCCGCAACCGUCAGGAAAAGUUUUCGGCUGUGCCACUGGGCGUUGCAUAUGCUAGUUCGUUUUAUAGUGUCGUGUUUCCUUCAAAGAUCGAAUAGCUCACUGGAAGCAAUGCACGUGUCCGUGUCUUAA